GAUAAAUCAUAAAAAUGUACGAGAUGGCAUCGAUUGCAUCGUUGUCUGGGUUCCAGGACAUAGUGGCAUAGCUGGUAAUGUCAGAGCUGACUACUGGGCGGGAAAGGCUCAUGAUAAACCUAAUGUGACUGAUGUAAAAAUAGGACAUCGGGAAUUUGUGCCACUGGUGAAGAGUCGCGUCCGUGUGUUAUUUGAAAAUCUGUGGUUAGAUUAUCGUCCAACUCUACUGAAGCAGAUUAAGACAGAUAUAGGACAUUGGAAUUCUAGUGUACGUGCCAGUCGAAAGGAGGAAGUGGUUUUGUGUAGGAUGAGACUCGGACACACUAUUUUAACUCACUCGCAUGUUAUUGACCAACUACCGCCUAUUGUCUGUGAACUGUGUCAAUGUCGCCAAGAUGUUCAACACAUACUGUUAGAAUGCCGAAAGUACACUGUAGCGAGGAGGAGACUCGCAGCGGCGUGUCGAGAUGUCGGAGUCCGCAUGUCGCUGGGGAUUCUCCUGGGAAACGGUGAACCCACUGUGGUGGAUGCGGUGUUCGAUUAUCUUCGACAGUGCAACUUAUACGACAAACUCUGAACAAAGGACGUAGAGGCGUUAUGGGUGCUAAGUGAUGAUAAUGAAAUGUAUUUUGUUUCCAUAUGUGCUAUGGCUUCAGAUAAGCUCGACACAAUCCUUCAUGUUAUGUUGAAUCCAAGAACCAUGGAUUAGGUAUUUCUAGUUAAAAAGAGUGGAUUACUACUCGAGCUCAUGCAUUCAUGGUUAAGCAAUACUUCACCAAUGGUCACGUUGUAAGAACACCUGUCUGAAAUGUCUGAAAUUGGUUGGGUAUGUUAUGUGUUUCUAUGUCACCCCCAUACUGUGAAGUGAAAUCCCUAAGUAUCGUGUAACCCCCAUGUCAAGACCCAAGUUUUGUGUCUUUUUUUCUUUUUUCUUUCUAGAUAGAACCAUGCCUUCUCCCAGAGCGCCUUUUGCCCCCUUGAAGAAUGAGCUGUAUUGCUCUUCCUGCUUACCGAGCUGUUUGGCUAUCCCCAAGUAGCUAAGACUGUAAGUAGCAUUGUAGUAUUCACAACUAAUAUUAACUUCUCUGUUCUCUCCUCGCCCAGGACAUAUCCUACCAAGGCUAUCUCCUAACCAUCGCAAUUUUUCCUCUCCCCAGUCAUUCCUCAUCCCUACCUGGAAACCUGCUUAGUUCCGCUUAGUACCACAACCAUACGCCAACUGCAACUCUGAAGACUACAAGAGGACAUACCAACUUGGAAGUUGGACGCUUGAGCCAAGCUGCUGCGCGCCCUAACUCUUCAACAACAACAACAACAUGUUACUGCUUUGAAUUUUCAAAGAUACCUAGCCAUCACCAUGGAGUCAGCUGGUAAAGUCUAUGCCCAAAAUCCAGAUCCAGACACAAAACUUGGUGACCUGGAGACAAUGGAGCUAAGCAAGUUGAAAAUAUUGCAGACUCGAUACAAAAGCAUAGUUGGUAAUAGGGCUCUGCUGUCGCGGCUGCGGGACCGCGGCGAGUCGGCGCGCCGCACCCUGGCCGCCGUGGAGGCGGAGCUGGCGGCGCGCGGUGCGGCCACCGAGCCGGGCCCGCCGCCGCUCGAGAGCCGCGCCGCCUCCGAGGUGGAGCGGCUGGCGCAGAGGAUGGCCCAGAUGGAGUGGGACACCGGCCGGCGGACCGUUUCUGCGCCAGUGGAGUUGGACAGCGACGACGACUCGGAGCCAGAGGCCGAGUGGCCGACCGCCGGAGGACCAUCGGAGGGCGAGGAGCCGCGCCGGGCGCCUGCAGCUGCCGACAACUGCACGGCCCGGCCGGCGGCGGACGCGGCCGGUGCGGACCCCGGCUCCGGCGGGCCGGCGGUGCCCACCACCCGGCAGCUGCUGCCCAAGAGCGCCACCUCCGGGCGCCAGACGCGCUUCUCCACCAACCGGCCGCGCUGGCCGGGCGGGCGGCCGCCGCCGGCCGGGGCUGCUCGGGCGCCGGCCGCCGGCCGAGAGGCGCCGGCACGGCGCGGAGUGCUCUCGCAGUGGUCGGACUCGGCGCUGGCGGCGCCCGCCCGACCCGACACGCACACCCGGCUGCUCAACAUGGACGAGUCGCUACAGCUGCUGACGCGACACGACAGGAUCACCCAGGAGGAGCGGUCCGCGCAGCUGGCCGCACGGCUCGCGGCGCCGGCUCACAUCGAGGGCGGCGAGAUGGAGCUGGACGCCGACUGGGAGGGCGGCCUGGAGGACGGCGACUCGGGACCGGUGGUCGUCAGCGGGGCCGGAGACUGGAGCUGACGAUGGGCCGAGUCCGGCCCUCCGCCCACCCUCUCGCUGUGAUACGGGGCCGCCCGCCCCGCCCCGCCCCGUCCGUGCGCUGUGACCGCAGUCGGUGACACUCGCGGUGACCGGUGACUCGCGGUUACACGCGGGGGGAUGGGGGUCCUCCGGUGACCCCCCCCCCCCCCGAGAUCCACUGUCUGUGACGGGACUCAACGUGGUCUGGGCUCAUCACGGCCGUGCUGUGCCGGGUGUCAUCAGACCAGAUUGGACAACUUUUGUACGCGAUAGUUUUUCGGCCGUCUGUGGCGGCCAGCAGUGCCAGUAUUGUUACAUCUUACGGAGGUGACCCCACAGUGUCAGCGAAAGUCGAUGACGUCAAUACAUGUACUAGGACGCA